AUGAUGAAGAAGAACCAAACCAUGAUCUCAGAGUUCCUUCUCCUGGGCCUUCCCAUCCAACCAGAGCAGCAGAAUCUGUUCUAUGCCUUGUUCCCGGCCAUGUGUCUUACCACCCUCCUGGGGAACCUCCUCAUCAUUGUCCUCAUUCGACUGGACUCCUAUCUCCACACGCCCAUGUAUUUGUUUCUCAGCAACUUGUCCUUCUCUGACCUCUGCUUUUCCUCAGUCACAAUGCCCAAAUUGCUGCAGAACAUGCGGAGCCAAAACCCAUCCAUCUCCUAUGCAGACUGCCUGGCUCAGAUGUACUUGCAUCUGUUUUUUGGAGUUCUGGAGAGCUUCCUCCCUGUGGUCACGGCUUACGACCGCUAUGUGGCUAUUUGCUUUCCUCUGCACUACACCACUAUCAUGAGCCCCAAGUGUUGCCUUGCUCUGCUGACACUCUCCUGGCUGCUGACCACCGCCCAUGCCACGUUGCACACCUUGCUCAUGGCCAGGCUGUCCUUUUGUGCUGACAGUGUGAUUCCUCACUUCUUCUGUGAUACAUCUACCUUGUUGAAGCUGGCCUGCUCCGACACACAAGUCAAUGGGUGGGUGAUAUUUUUCAUGGGAGGGCUCAUCCUUGUCACAUUCCUACUCCUCAUCAUGUCCUAUGCAAGAAUCAUCUCCACCAUCCUCAGGGUCCCUUCCGCUGGGGGCAUCCAGAAGGCUUUCUCCACCUGUGGUUCCCACCUCUCUGUGGUGUCUCUCUUCUUUGGGACAAUUAUUGGUCUCUACUUGUGCCCAUUGACAAAUCAUAACACUCUGAAGGACACUGUCAUGGCUGUGAUGUACACUGUGGUGACCCCCAUGCUGAACCCCUUCAUCUACAGCUUGAGGAACAGAGACAUGAGGGGGAACCCUGGGCAGAGUCUUCAGCACAAAGAAAAUUUCUUUGUCUUUAAAAUAGUAAUAGUUGGCAUUUUACCAUUAUUGAAUUUAGUAGGUAUAGUAAGGUUGAUAAUGAAAUAUCACUCUAAAUCAGUGGCUUAA